AUGGCGACUCCCAUGGAUGAUGGGCAGGCACCCUUACCAGUAACGCAAAGGGUUCAAGAUGUGAUAAAGACUUAUCGGCCGUCUAGGCAAUUCACACACAUCGUUAAAGGUCAGCCUGUCGAAUCCCAUGUUACUUCCCUCGAUUUCGAUGAUCAAGGCGACUACCUUGUUGCAGCUUCUGCCGAUGAGACGAUGCACAUUUUUGAUGUCAAGGAGGGCAAGAGAACGAAACUUGUACCGAGCAAAAAAUAUGGGAUCCACCUAGCACGCUUCACGCAUCAUUCACGCGAAGUACUUUAUGCUUCUACCAAGGUCGACGACUCGCUUCGCCUUCUCGAAUUACACAAUGAGAGCUACGUUCGCUACUUUACAGCCCAUACCUCUCAAGUGACGUGUAUUACGCUAUCUCCAGGAAGUGAUGGAUUUCUGUCUUGCGGGACAGACGAUACAGUCUGUUUGUGGGAUCUGAAGUCUCGAAACCCAACAGGCAAGCUUAAGUUGGCAACGCCAUAUCUCGCUGCUUACGACCCGUCUGCCAAUGUCAUGGCCAUUGCUUCCCAAUCAACUUCUUCAAUAUUGCUCUAUGAUGUGCGUAAUUUUGACAAAGCGCCAUUCUCAACGUUCGAAAUGAUGGAGUGGGAAGAUAGGUUUACUCCGUCUACAAAAGGGCGAGCUUGGACAAGAUUGGAAUUUUCGAAUGAUGGUAAGAGCAUCCUAUUGAGUACGGAUUACCACGGCCACUUUGUCGUCGAUGCGUUUGAGGGGAAAGUCAGUGUUUUCCUGACAGGCAGAUCAGGCUCCACCGGGAGGGCUGCACCUGUCUCGACGACUGGAAAACCAUUGGGGCAGGGAGAUGCCUGCUUCACUCAAGACGGUCGGUACGUCAUAGGAGGCACUGGAGAUCACCCGGAUAUAUUGGUUUGGGAUACACAUCAGGCUGUGGAAGGCCGUCAUGAAUACUUGCAGCCCAUUUCCCGGUUGCCUAGUAGAGGUAUCAAAAGUGCGAUUGUAGAAUGCAAUCCGAGAUACAACAUGUUUGCAUCAGCAGACACAAAGGUCUGCAUGUGGUUGCCAAGUCAAGAGACCAGGGAUGGGGAGAAAUAA